AUGGGCCCGACUCCAUCAUCCACCAGCAUGCCACCAGCCACAGCGUCCGCGGACCCCACUGCCGCCGGCGCGCAGCCUGUCACGAUGAAUGGCGCAUCAUCAGCAACUCCGCUGACUGCUCCUGUCUGCUAUCUGACCGACAAGCUCUCGUCGGAAGUCCGGAUUCGCAUCUACGAGUACAUAUUUUCAGGCGCCCGCGCGCGGCGAAUUGAGCCUGCCCGAAGAGCCACUCUCGGCGAGCACAGGCAGAAAUCAUCACUUGUGCCUCGCUCAGACUCCUCUAGGCAUCGACUCUUUCCCUCACACUCCUGUAGAUAUCUACUUCAGGCUGGCGAGAAGCGCGUCUCGACCAACAUCUUUGCGGUCAGCAAAUUGAUCCACAAUGAGUCGAUCGAGUCGUUCUACAACACAACCAUCAUCUCGGCCACCUGGGAGGAAUUUCAUCUUCUUCUUACCCUUGGCUAUCCACGCAGUCUCAUUCGCAACAUCGAGAUCGUGUCCUGCAACAGCCAGCCUGGCUUUGGCGGCUACGUUCAUUAUCUUCUCUCGGAGGCUCGGAACAUUGCCGCGACUCAAGACAUUUACUAUCUGGAGCGAUGGCUCCACGGGCAGUUUGAUGGCAUUCGGUUUACGCAUCAGAAGAUCCUACGGAUGUGGCCAGAGGUCAUCAACACACCUGAAGGCUAUGACGCUCUCCGUGAAGUCGGGAUCCUGCUACAAGAGAGCAUGGUCGGUGGAAUGUUUAGUAAUCUCGCGGCGUGGGGAGCCCAUACUUCUUUCAGACUCUGGGUGGGACUGCUACAGCAGUUAUCUGACCACUGGUGUCGUGGAUACUUUCCGCCCUAUCAGAGUAUCUUCAGUUUCGUAUCCUUCUCGCAGACUUGGGUGGGCAAAAGAAUGACGUUGCCCAAGGGCUUUCAAAUGCACAAGUUGGGACCUUCCAAUCAUCCUCGGCUGCUUGAGGAUUUCACUGAGAUGCUAUCAGUUCACACUCAGAGCUACAAACUGCAUUUUAGAGGUGAAGAUGAACGCGAAGUAUACUCAGAGAUUCGGCGUCCCCAGUGGGAGGAACUGGGUGAUGAGAGUGAGUUGAAGUACGAAGCCUAUCAUCAGGGCAAGCAACACAAGGAAGUCGUUGCGCUCAUGAUGAGGGAUCCCAUCCAUGAAAAAAUACUUAUCCCAUGGUAUACCAUGCAGGACGCGCUGCUCAGCGUGGCCACGGUCGAGGUCGUACACGGCAAGCAAAAAAUCGACAGUGCCUCAAAAGAAGACAUGCAUGCCAUGUUCAGCCUGCACUAUGCGAUGGGUCUAGCUAAUUCGUCUGACGACUUCAUUGGAGACGAAAAGAUCGCUCAUGAGGAGUGGUCUGAAAAGCUGUUGAGGCGCUAUUUCCACGUGGCCCGAAUUGCGCGAGCAGACCUGCUUGAUCGAGUACCUCUUCGAGUGUUACGCGUCGCACUCAACUUCACGUUUGCGGUUUCGGCAAUUGUCGAUUCGCCACCUUUAAAUGCUCCGGAAGGACCCCGGGAGCAGGAAGCAUACGAUCGGACAGGCGAUGACAUGCAAGGCCGGGGAGAUGGGCUAGAUGGCGCUUUUCUAGAAGCGCUGGAAGAGUAUGGUGAUGGUAACUCCGCUGUCAAAAAGCUCAGUAUUGAGGAGGGCCUGCUUCUCGCCCGAGAACCAGACAACGUGGACUAUGAUGCCGACGACAUCGUCCCAGACGAGCUUGAUGCGCGGUUGUACAUGCCUUUCGUCCGUGGCUCUGGACGACACAUCCGCGCGGCGUGGGACAUGCUGUAUCCGGAGAUCGUGAAAUCGUGA